AUGUCCAUGCUACGUCGACCUUUAACGCAGCUGGAGUUGUGUGAGGAUGAUAUUCAAUGGUUGUCGGAACAACUCGCAAAAAAAGAGACUGGCUUCGAGGAUGAAGUUAAAUACGAGGUGAUGGAUGUCGACGAAGACGAACCUAUGGAUCAGAGCGAGCCGACAGGAAAAAAAGAUGUUCCAGGCACAAGUGGAGAGGGCGCACAGUUUACUGAUCAGGGUCUUUCGAUAUCUUCUGCUCGCACUCCUGUUUCGGGAGCUUCUGUGAAUCUCUCUACUCCUGUCAACCCUAGUUCAUCGAAUGAAAUGAUGGCUCUUCCUCCACCCGUCAGACUUGCUCGGGCAGGACGUCGUCAACGUGACUCGAGAGUUGUGAAUGGAGAUGUUCCUCUGAUGUUCAAUGCAUAUGACACCCCGCAACAACCAGCAGGAGGUAGUAACGGAUCACCUACACCAUCUGAUUCUCCGGAAUCUCCGAAUGCUCAUCUCUACUCUACUCCGAUCAAUCCCACAUCUAGCUCUGGAGGGCCUUCAUCAAAUACUCGAUCUCAAAGACAUUAA